UUCCGGGAGAGAUCUGCGUAUUUCCGGUUAAGAUGGCGGCGCCCACCAGAGUCAGGUGCGGGCGACUCUGUUUUUAGUAGCGGUCGCGACUCGCUCCCGGGGAGACCCCCAGGAGUCAACCCGUCAGGACGCCAGAGCUACUUCAGCGGUGACCACUCCUAUCCCCAGCACAUCCUUCCCUUCUUCACAAACAGCCCAUGGCGAACCAAGACUCGACGGGCAGCCGCCUGCCCCUGGCGCUGCCCCCGGCCUCCCAGAGUUGCUCGUCAGGGGGCGGCGGCUCCUCGGCGGGGGGCUCGGGCAACCCCCCGCCCCCGCGCAACCUCCAGGGCCUGCUGCAGAUGGCCAUCACGGCGGGCUCUGAGGAGCCAGACGCCCCUCCGGAACCCAUGAGUGAGGAGAGGCGCCAGUGGCUGCAGGAGGCCAUGUCUGCCGCCUUCCGGGGCCAGAGGGAGGAGGUGGAGCAGAUGAAGAACUGCCUCCGAGUGCUGUCCCAGCCCACGCCCACCUCGGCCAGCGAGGCUGAACUGGCUGCCGACCAGCAGGACCGCGAGAGGGCCCUGGAGCUGCUGGCCGACCUGUGUGAAAACAUGGACAACGCAGCGGACUUUUGCCAGCUGUCGGGCAUGCACCUGCUGGUGGGCCGGUACCUGGAGGCGGGGCCCGCGGGGCUGCGGUGGCGGGCGGCGCAGCUCAUCGGCACGUGCAGCCAGAACGUGGCGGCCAUCCAGGAGCAGGUGCUGGGCCUCGGCGCCCUGCGCAAGCUGCUACGGCUGCUGGACCGGGACUCCUGUGACACGGUGCGCGUCAAGGCCCUCUUCGCCAUCUCCUGCCUGGUUCGAGAGCAGGAGGCCGGGCUGUUGCAGUUCCUCCGCCUGGAUGGCUUCUCCGUGUUGAUGCGGGCUAUGCAGCAGCAGGUGCAAAAGCUCAAAGUCAAAUCAGCGUUCCUGCUGCAGAACCUGCUGGUGGGCCACCCUGAACACAAAGGAACCCUGUGCUCCAUGGGGAUGGUCCAGCAGCUGGUGGCCCUCAUCCGGACAGAACACAGCCCUUUCCACGAGCACGUGCUGGGAGCCCUGUGCAGCCUGGUGACAGACUUUCCCCAGGGCGUGCGAGAGUGCCGGGAGCCCGAGCUGGGCCUGGAGGAGCUCCUCCGCCACCGCUGCCAGCUGCUGCAGCAGCACGAGGAGUACCAGGAGGAGCUGGAGUUCUGUGAAAAGCUGCUACAGACCUGUUUCUCCAGCCCAGCAGACGACAGCAUGGAUCGGUGAAACCUGGUGGCUUCUCAUCCCCUUUCUGUGGGAAUCCCAGGCCUCUUGCCUCCCUCCCACCCACGAGGCCUUCUCCCAAGGGAGAGCAGGGCCUUGUUGGUGCUGGCCUGGGGCGUGCCAGCCCGUUGCUGCUCAGACCCCUAGGGAGACGCUGAGAAAGGCGCCGGCUCCUUGGACCCCACCUCUCACUCCCCUCCCCCUUCUCGUGUCCACGCUCUUCCAAUAAAGGUGUUUCUCCUCCUCCA